UUCUCUGUGUAAUCCUCUCAUCCAUCAACGUCUCACUCAUCUGAGGUCUGUGCCCUCUGACUGCUGGAGUCUGGCACGACACAGACCCGCGCAAAGCAAGUCACGCUUAGCGGAAGCGGAGCCGCCAGGGGGAGCCACACAGAGGCUGACUGUGGUGUGGAGUUUAAAACAUGCGGGGAUCCGGUGGCACCCUGUCCGGGCCGCGAGGGGGUCAGAUCUGACCUGAGGAGGACCUGCUGAGACAGAGGCAGGGCCUGGGGGCGGGGAUAAUGCAUAUCCUGCCCUCGCUGGACGAAGCAGCCACCAUGAGCAACGUCACUGUGCAGGAUGUGAUGGAGCCGGCCUCGGACGGCCCGCCAGCCGCGCCCUUCCCCGUCAGCUACCAGGUGCCGCUCACCUGCUUCCUGGUGCUGGAGAUCGUCCUGGGCCUGAGCAGCAACCUGACGGUGCUGGCGCUCUACUGCAUGAAGUCUGACCUGAUCGGCUCGGUCAGCAACGUGGUGACGGUCAACCUGCACGUGCUGGACGCGGCGGUGUGCGUGUGCUGCGCGCCGCUGACGGCGGCCGUGGUGCUGCUGCCGGCGGGGGCCGACGCCGCCCUGCUCUGCUGCUUCCACGAGGCCUGCGUCUCCUUCGCCAGCGUCGCCACCGCCGCCAACGUGCUGGCCAUCACGCUGGACCGCUACGACAUCUCUGUGCGGCCCGCCAAUCGCGUGCUGACUAUGGGCCGGGCGGCGGCGCUGCUGGGAGCCGUCUGGGCCGUGUCCUUCUUCAGCUUCCUGGUGCCCUUCGUGGAGGCUGGGUUCUUCGGGCAGGGCGGGCUGGACCGGAACCGGACGGCGGAGCCCCCGGAGGACGGGGACGACCGCUACGACCGCUAUGACCGCUACGACCGGGAGCUCGAACUCUACUACCACCUGCUGGCGCAGAUCCCCAUCUUCCUCUUCACCGCCGUGGUCAUGCUGGUCACCUACGCCAAGAUCCUGCAGGCGCUCAACAUCCGGAUUGGCGCCCGCUUCCAGGCGGCGCGGAGGAAGAAGGCCGUCUCCACGGCGACGCAGCCCGAGGCCCCCGAGGCGGCGCAGGGCGACAGCGGAGGGGGGGCAGAGGCAGGGGCAGGGCCGGGGGCGGCCACGGGGGGGCGGAGCACCACGCUGGGCAUGCGCGCAUCCGUGUCGGUCAUCAUCGCCCUGCGGCGGGCGGUCAAGCGGCACCGCGAGCGGCGGGAGAGGCAGCGGCGGGUCUUCCGCAUGUCGCUGCUCAUCGUCUCCACCUUCCUGCUGUGCUGGACGCCCAUCACCGCGCUCAACGCCGCCAUCCUGGCCACAGGGCCCGGCCGCCUCACCCUCCGCCUGCGGCCCGCCUUCCUGGUCAUGGCCUACGGCACCACCGUCUUCCACCCGCUGCUCUACGCCUUCACCCGCCAGAAGUUCCAGAAGGUUCUGCGGAGCACCAUGAAGAAGCGGGUGGUGUCCAUCGUGGAGGCCGACCCCCUGCCCAACAACACGGUCAUCCACAACUCCUGGAUCGACCCCAAGCGGAACAAAAAGGUGACGUUCGAGGAGAGUGAGCUCCGGCAGAAAUGCCUCUCUUCAGAAGAAGUGGUGUAAAAAAAGACACUAGUUUUCACCACGUUGCAAAAAUGAAAAGGCCACGAAGACAACCGUCAUCAGGAAACAAUGCAUCGAAAAGGGCAAAACCCAGCCACCC